UCGUUUCGGCUACCUUUAAUCCCCAACACAGCAGCAGUAAGGGGCUCAGCGCGCAACAUAUAACGGGACACGGGUAAUUCCCGCGGGGGACGCUAGUGCAUAAACACGGGUAAUUCCCGGGCAAUUCCGAAUGGUGACCGCGAGUCCCCCUUACUGCUGCUUGGUUUUUAGAUUCAUGUUUGGCGGGCUUUUUGACGUCCAACCAGAACACGUCAACAUUCAUGAAUAAUUAAUUUUUGUUUUCUCAAAAGUGAAUACGUUUUUCUCUGAAACGAGAAAGACAAAGUCCAUCAUGUUGUCGCUAUCAUACCUAACACGUGUAGUAUUCAAAGGAUCUGAUGUUGAGCCUUGCUUGGUCUUAGAGAAAGCUCCAAUACCAGACAUAGAAGAUGGGGAAAUCCUAGGAAAAAUAUUGUUAGCUACUAUCUGUGGCUCUGACAUCCACACCAUUGAGGGCAGAAGAAAAGAGGCUGUUCCUAGUGUGCUUGGUCAUGAGGGAGUCAUUACAGUUGUUAAACAUAAACGUCCAGAUAGUGACCUUAAGCCUGGCGACCGACUAACAUUUCACAUUGCUGACUGCUGCUAUGACUGUGAUUUUUGUGCUGAGGGCUUGCAUCAAAAAUGUACUUCAUUGUUCAAGUAUGGUCAUGCAUCCUUAUCAGAUGGAACUGGAUCAAAUGGUUGCUAUGCAACACACUUGGUGAUAAGAAAGGGUACCCAUGUUGCUAAGAUACCACCUGCCAUAUCCAACAAACUGGCGUCACCUUUGAACUGUGCCUUAGCAACCAUGGUGUGUGCAACAGAGGAAAUAAUACAAACACAAAGCAAAGGGACUAAAAGAGUAAAAAGAGCUAUGAUUCAGGGUGCAGGAUUGUUGGGUGUUUAUGGUUGUGUCCUGCUCAAAGAAGCUGGUUAUGACCAAGUGUACUGCUCUGACAUUGAUUCUAGAAGACUGGAAACUGUAAUAAAGUUUGGUGCUAUUCCUGUUUUAUCAGGAGAAUCUGGUGUUGAUUUCCCUGAAGACAAUUCAGUUGAUGUAGUUAUUGAGGUUUGUGGCCAGAGAAGUGUGGUAAGUGAAGGAAUGAAAAAGAUAAGAAUUGGUGGAACUUAUAUUCUUAUUGGAAUGGUUCACCCAGACAGCAAACUAGACAUGUUGACAGGAGAGCAAAUCAUACGGAAAUGUCUCACUAUUAAAGGUUUUCAUAAUUAUGGUCCUUCACAUCUUGACAAGGCUGUGUCAUUGUUGGCCAAUACUGCUAAUAAAUACCCAUAUGAGGAGUUACUCAGCCUUUCAUUUCCUUUGGCGGACAUUAACAAUGCUGUUGCCAUGGCUACAAAGCAGACCUAUCUCCGUGUUUGUAUUGAGCCUUGACUACCAAUAUUUUUCACCUCAAGGGGACCAGAAUUCAAAAUGAAUUUAGUUUAAAAGAGAAAAAUCAAAGGCAAUUUUUUCAAUGAACUUUUUUUUAAUAGAAAUCCAUUAAUAAUAUGUAUGAUUUCGAAUGUUUAACUAUAGAUUGAAUGAAAUUUUAAAAAGCUUUAAAUUUAGGAUAUUUGAUUAAAAUUAAUAUAAACAUAGACGUAAAUUGAAUAUAGAUAUUAUAUUUCUUUAGUUGUUUUUUGUGCUAGUAGUAAAAGAUAAAAUGAAAAUCUACUUUUGUAUUGUGAUCAUUUCGAUAAUAUUUUUGACAUUUAUGAUAAUUUCUGUAUAUUUAUGAUUCAUGUUUUACACCAUCAAUAAUUGAUUUGUACUUAACGACUAUUGUACAUGCA